AAAGAAAGAACACCCUCUCCUCUCAUUCAAAAAACUUGUUACUGCAAACAUGUGUUAUUAAACACCAUCGCUCGCUCAACACAUCUAGGGGCAUUUCUGUCACACCAAUGCCCCCAAAAUCCAAAACAACUUGUUCCAGUUUCAAAUUAAAAUAUUCUCUUUCAUUUCCUUAUUACAAAGCCAAUUGCCUCUCUCUCUCUCUCUCUCUGCUAUUUCAAAUUCCGCCAUGAAAAUACCUCCAAAGCUUUCCGCUAAACCCUAACGAAAGUUCAAAAGAAAACGUACCAAUCUUUCUAUGCCCUAACCUCCAGCUCUCCCAACAAAAUGGGCUCUCUUAUCCCCUUCCAAGACCUCAAUCUCCUCCCAGACCCACCUCUGAACAACACCAACACAGCCAGACCUACACUACUAACCCCCAAAAUCGAACCCAAACUCGAACCUUUAGAUGAGCCACUUGAAAAUCACCAACCACAUCAACUACUACUACAACUCCAACACCAACACCACCAACAACAACAACAACAAGAGCAGCAGCAACAACUGUUUUUUUCAAAUACCGAAAAUACCCCUCUCUCGACCUCUCAGCCUUCCCCCGAUGAAUCAGACAACGUGUACUCCGAAUUCUACCGCAUUUCUGAGCUCUUCCGCACUGCUUUCGCUAAGGGGUUGCAGCGGUAUGGUGACGUAGACGUCUUGGUGGACCCCGAUUCACGCGCUAUAGUUCCGGUCCCACAAGAAGCCUCCACCCCAACCGCCACAACUACCACCACCAACACCAACAACAACACCAACCAGGUCUCAACAACAACCCUCACCGUUUCGCGGAGGCGGCCCCACCACCAACGCUCCUCGGAGCUCGUUCGGGUCACGGAUCUGGGCAUGGAAGACCAGCGUUACUUCCGCGACGUCGUUCGUAGGACGCGUAUGAUCUACGAUUCUCUCCGAAUCUUGUCCUUGAUGGAAGACGAGAAGCGCCGACAGAGCCUGAGCCACAGCCUAAGCCAAAGUCAGAACUCGAACCCGAACCCGAACCCGAGCCCGACCCCAGGCGAAGAGCUCAGUCCAAUUCCCUCGCUGCGGCGAGUCCGUGGCGAUCUACGCGCCGCCUCCGUGAUGCGCGACCGCGGGCUCUGGCUCAACCGAGACAAGCGAAUCGUAGGGUCAAUCCCUGGGGUCUACAUUGGCGAUCUCUUCUUUUUUCGAAUGGAGUUGUGUGUGGUCGGCUUACAUGGCCAGGCGCAAGCCGGGAUCGACUAUGUACCGGCGAGCCAGAGCUCCAAUGGUGAGCCCAUAGCUACUAGUAUCAUCGUCUCUGGCGGUUAUGAGGACGAUGAGGAUGCCGGGGAUGUGAUCGUGUACACAGGUCAGGGUGGGCAGGACAAGUAUUCGAGACAAUGUAUGCACCAGAAGUUGGAGAGUGGGAACUUGGCAUUGGAGAGGAGCAUGCAUUACGGGAUCGAGGUUAGAGUUAUCAGAGGGAUGAAAUACGAGGGCGGCGUAACGAGUAAGGUGUAUGUUUAUGAUGGUUUAUAUAGAAUUCAUGAUUGUUGGUUUGAUGUAGGAAAGUCUGGUUUUGGGGUUUACAAGUAUAAACUGUUGAGGAUUGAGGGGCAGACUGAAAUGGGUAGUGCUAUGUUGAGGUUUGCUGAGAGUCUUAGGACUAGACCCUUGGAGGCUAGGCCUGCUGGCUAUCUUAGCCUUGAUUUUUCCAUGAAGAAGGAGAAUGUGCCAGUGUUGCUAUUCAAUGACAUUGACUCUGAUCAGGAGCCUAUGUAUUAUGACUAUCUAGUGAGGACGGUGUUUCCACCGUAUGCAUUUCAUCAGACGGGGAGUGGUACGGGGUGUGAUUGCGUUUCAAGUUGUACUGAUGAUUGCUUUUGUGCUAUGAAGAAUGGUGGAGAGUUUGCUUACGAUUAUAGUGGUAAUCUCUUGAGAGGGAAGCCCAUUGUCUUUGAAUGUGGACCCUUUUGUAGUUGCCCUCCAACCUGCCGAAAUCGUGUUACUCAAAGAGGGUUGAGAAAUAGACUAGAAGUAUUUAGGUCGAGGGAGACGGGUUGGGGAGUUAGGUCCUUGGAUUUGAUACAAGCUGGUGCUUUUAUAUGUGAAUAUGCCGGGGUUGUUUUGACGAGGGAUCAAGCCCAAAUUUUGUCUAUGAAUGGUGAUACCCUGGUUUAUCCGAAUCGGUUUUCAAGUAGAUGGGCAGAAUGGGGUGAUUUAUCUCAGAUUUUCACUGAUUAUGUGCGUCCGUCAUAUCCCUCAAUUCCUCCGUUGGAUUUUGCCAUGGAUGUAUCAAGAAUGAGGAAUGUUGCUUGUUAUAUGAGCCAUAGUACAACUCCAAAUGUGUUGGUACAAUUUGUGCUUUAUGAUCACAAUAACUUGAUGUUCCCUCACCUUAUGCUGUUUGCAAUGGAGAACAUCCCUCCUAUGAGGGAGCUCAGCAUUGAUUAUGGUGUGGCUGAUGAAUGGAGUGGGAAGCUAUCUAUCUGUAAUUGAAUAGUUUUGAAGAGGUGGUGCAAUUUUGAAUGUGGCAAAUCAGAGUGUCCCGGGGACAUGAUUCAUUAAGAAGACACCUUUUAUGGGACAGGGAGUAGAUCUCACACUACACCCAGAAGUACAUCUGUACCUGAACUACCAGAUGAGAAUGGACUACAUGUUUACCAAGUUUUGUCUCCGGGCUUCCUAAAUUUUCUGCUCCUCAUAUUUUUCCUCAAAAGUAGAUGCGGCAAAUGUGAAUGCUCGUCAGAUUAUCACAAAAAAGCUGACUUGAUCUCUCACUGCUAUGGUUAUAUCUGACUAUUUUCUGAAGUACACAAUACUGAUGGUUCCCAGGUGGUGAAGAAAAUCGACAAAUUUUCCACACCACAAAACCUACUGCAAUGGUUAAACACUGACAAUUUAAGAAAUUAUAAUCCCCUUUUUUGGACUUCGAUGACCAAAUCUUUCUGCAAGCUUUUCCAAUGGGACUGGUUGCCACGAGGUUUUAUAAACUUGUAUGCUUGACUGUAUGAACUUGUUGUACUAUUAGCUUGUAAAUAUGAAGUGCAAAUUGGAUAAAGCUUGUAUAGAAGUUGUAUCAGUUCAUGCACAGAGAUGGUGGCUUGUCCUUC